AUGGGCCCUUUUCUCCCGGCGAUUUGCGUCGUGCUGGUCGCCCUGAACGCCGCUGUCUCGCCGGCCUCUGUCGGCCCUGAGGACUAUCCCGCCGCGGACGAGGCCGAGAGAACUGCCAACAAUGACAUCAUUUUCGAUGACUACCGAGGGAAAGGCUGCGUGGAUGACAGUGGCUUCGUGUACAAGCUCGGGGAACGCUUCUUUCCGGGCCACUCGAACUGCCCGUGCGUGUGCACGGAGGACGGACCGGUCUGUGACCAACCCGAGUGCCCUAAAAUACACCCCAAGUGCACCAAGGUGGAACACAAUGGGUGUUGCCCCGAAUGCAAGGAGGUCAAAAACUUCUGUGAAUACAGAGGGAAGACGUAUAAGAUCCUGGAGGAGUUCAAGCCUUCGCCCUGUGAAUGGUGUCGCUGCGAGCCAAAUAACGAGGUGCACUGUGUGGUCGCUGACUGUGCAGUACCAGAGUGCGUCAAUCCAGUGUACGAGCCAGAACAGUGCUGCCCCAUCUGUAAAAACGGUCCAAAUUGCUUCGCUGGAACGACGAUCAUCCCAGCUGGCAUUGAAGUGAAGGUGGACGACUGCACCAUCUGUCGGUGCCACAGCGGGGACUGGUGGAAGCCUGCGCAGUGUUUGCGACGGGAGUGCUUAAAUGGUCAGGCGGCGUCUUAA